AUGAGCUAUAUCUCUACGAAGUUGAGAGGUCUUACCAUUCUCAACAUUCCGGAAAAGAAAAGUAGACGAUGCUAUAAACUGGCACACAUUUCAUUACCGCACGAGAACGCCACCGACGAGGUGCCUGGCAUAUCUCAUGUCUACUGCAAUCUCAUAGAAGUCAACAACAUGGCCGAAGAGGCACAAGAUCUCGAUACUGGACGCGUCAAAGAAUGGCGAUCCAUUAUCACGCUCGUCGUGUUUGUUAUCACUAAAUAUGCGCUGACCUCGGCCAUCUUCUCAGACAUAAUUGUUUUAUUCCCCUUCCGCGUGCCGGUAUACAUCCCGCGGCCAAUAUGGAACCGUGUCGUCGACAGUCUGACUGCUCUUCGAAUCAUACCAGAACGGCAGGACAAGUCACAUCGCUUCCGAAGAAGAGACAGUCUGAUGUCUAAUGGUCAGCCGAAGCGGUUUUUCCGAACGAGCUUUCCGAUGAACAUGUUUACUGCGCCUCUCAUCGCAGACUUGUUCCUUCUAGCGAUCCGGGCGAUUGGGCGACAGGAAGUACAUGACGGCACAGUCGGUGCCCAAGGAAUCAGUCCAAUCGAUAUCAUGGUCUUCUUCCUAAGUCUGGCAUAUAUUGCGAUAUCGAUCGAUGCUUCAGGAGUAAUUCGCUGGCUCGCUUUCAAGGUCUUACAGAAAGCUGGAAAAAACGGACAUCUGUUGUUCGUGUACUUGUACACGUUCUUUUUCCUGCUCACGAGUUUCGUUGGGAAUGAUCCUAUUGUUCUCUCAGGUACUCCCUUUCUGUCAUAUAUGACGAGAGUGUCAUCGAAUAUUAAGCAUCCGCGGGCCUGGAUCUUUAUGCAGUUUGCUGUGGCAAAUAUCGGGUCCGCUAUCCUUGUUUCGUCAAAUCCCACGAAUUUGGUUUUGGCAAGCGCUUUCGAGAUCAAAUUUAUCCACUACACUGCGAAUGUGGUGGUUCCGGUUGUUGCAACUGCGAUACUACUACUUCCGUUCUUCCUAUAUGUGGUGUUUAGGAGCGAGGAUCUGGUCCCACGAUCGGUAAAGCUGCACGAACUUCCAGAAAGAUACAAGCAGAAAGCUCCUGUCAAUCCGAAUAUACCCAAUGCACGCGGGCCAAUUGAGGAUGACGAGAUUGCGGCCUUAGAGGAGAUCUUGAACCCUUUCCUUGAUAAACCAAGUGCAUGGUUCGCUGGUGCAGUCAUGGCGGCGACUCUGAUUACGAUCCUGGCUAUCAAUGCCAGUAGUGGAGGGCACGAAUAUCCGGUCUUCUGGAUUACUCUUCCUGCUGCGUUUGUUGUCUUCUGCUGGGAUCUUACUCGUGGCUGGCUUAAUCGGGAGGACACGCGAAGGCAGGCUCGACUGGGCCAAGAAGCGAUCGAGCAUGCCCAAGAGUCACACAUGUCAUCAGCGAUCGAUGCUGGCUCUGAGAAGGCUGGGCUGUUUACUCCAGAUGCCAACGACAAGUCGCUCGAAGCCAUAGCCUCCCCUGCCGUAAAUAAGGGCGAGGUAGCAUCAUUGCCACAAAGCGCAACUGGAGAGACCGGGACACUUCCGAACGCAGCAGACGAGGAGGUACACACGAAGCCAGGGUAUGUCCAGGAGCUUGUCGUUCCAUCAAAAGGACUAAACGAAGUGUCCGGGACCAUAGAGCUUUCUGGGCGAGCUGGAGCAAAACCGAAGCCUAAGUCGCUCAUGGAGCUGAUUGCCACUUUCUUUGCGUGGUGCCAAGUCACAUUCCCGACGAUAACGACAGUCGCAAGCCAUCUUCCAUGGACAUUGGUCCCAUUUGCUUUUUGCAUGUUUGUCCUUGUACAGGCUCUGGUAACGAAAGGCUGGGUCCCGGUCUUCGCUCAUGGCUGGGACCAUUGGAUUGACCGAACUGGGAUCGUCGGGGCCAUUGGCGGCAUGGGUUUCCUGUCAGUCGUGCUGUGCAACUUUGCAGGCACCAAUAUCGGCACUACUAUCCUGCUGAGUCGUGUUAUCCAGGCUUGGGUUGCCAUCCAUAAGCAAAAUGAUACGACCGUUAGCCAGAGAAUGUUCUGGGCCACGGUUUAUAGUAUGGCGAUUGGUGUCAAUUAUGGAGCAUUCAGCACCACGUUCAGUGCCUCUCUGGCUGGCUUACUUUGGCGAAGCAUCCUCUCCCGCAAGGAUAUCCGGGUGGGAAGCUUGGAGUUUGCACGAGUGAAUGUGCUGAUCAUUACUUUCACUACGGUCGUUGGACUUGCAAUCUUGAUCGGACAGAUCUACAUUACUCGAACCUCAAAGCUCUUUGGCAAGCAUCUAGUGGUACUCUCACCUGGGCCAAUCCCAGCUCUUCCUGCAACGGCUCAGAACAUGCACUUCAAUUUUCUCUCCUUCUUCCCAGCACCUCCCGACCUUCCUCCUCGCACAUUCGUGCUGCCUUCACAACCACACAGUAAGUCACCUCUUUAUAAAGAUGGUUGGAGGAACCGUAGUCCCUACACUACACACAGAUGCCACGAAGGCUGUCACACGAGGUUGAAACUGUUACAAUCGAUCAUGAUUGCGCGACGCCAUUUCACACCUUGGCAAAUUUUUCGGAUCGCUGAGCUGUUCGGAACAGCAUGCACGGCUUGCAUGGACGCCUAG